AUGCCCAUACAAGCUGCAAAAUCCUCCUUCCUGGCUCUGCGCGUUGCAGGGUUUUUCUUUAAUAACAAUUCAUACAACUUUGUCCCUAAAAUGAAUGACAAAAAGAAGACAUGGGCGUGGUCUGUUGUCGUUUUGAUGCUCCUGGCAGUGAUCGUGGUUGGGGCGACCUUGAUUGGCGUUUAUAUGACUCAGAAGCACACCGAAGCUAUUGUAGAAAUGGCUUUCCAUGACAAGAGUGGAGAAAGAGUGCAGCAAACUAUAAUGGUGAAUGAAGAGGAAAAUGUUGCAGCAUUUUACGUCAAUGCCAAUAAUGUCUCAUCCACUAUUGUAUAUGACUACAAACAUAAAAUCAUUGCAUUCAGACGCAUGAGCAGUAACAAAUGCUAUGUUAUGAAUAUGACCAGCAAUAAUUCACCAAAAAUAACAGACAUUUUAAAGGGGAUCAAACGCUUCCAGUCAAAGAACACCACAAGUGAAAAUGAUAUGUCCUAUGACAUUAUGGAAGGGGAUGAAGCAGAUCGCUCACAGCUGGGUGUCACUGUAAAUGUCCUCUGCAGUGAGGUCCCAAUUUACUGGGCAACACAGAACACGUCAGAACACCUCCGCUGGAAGCUUUCUAUCAAGUUCAAUAUCUUUGGAUUUGAAGUGUCCAUAAACUUUGAGUCCUGA